AUGAAUGAAAAAAAUUGUAGAAGAUCUCGCUGUCAAUUACCACCAUCAUCGUAUAGUAUAGUCUAUACAUCAAAACGAUCUCGUUCGCUUAGUAACGUAUCGGAACAUGAACCUUUAUCACAAAGUAUUUUUACAAGAGAACACAAAUUAUCUGUGGCAAAUAAGAUAGAAUUUACGUCAACACAGGAAAAAGAAACUAAGGUUGCUGAAUUAAUUGACAAAUUUGAAAAUGUUAUCUCAAGAGUCAAUAUUCCAUCACGUAUCAAAAGCAAAUGUCCAAUAUCCACAUUUAAUCGUUUUAUUAAUACUCGCACAUCUUCACGCGAAAUGUGGACAUCAUUAUCCGAACAAAAGAAAAUACCUACUAGAAGUCCUUCACAAUUUGUUUCAACAAAUAGUCAAUCUCUUCUAUCGAUUACAUCAACAAUUGAAAGAAACGAAGAUAAUACUUCGGAUUCGAUUUCACAGAAUAAAAAUUCUAAGGAUUUAAAAGAUCCAACAACAUAUAAUAAAGAUCGAUCAAAUGAUCUUAUUAAUUCUCAUAAUGUAACAUUUGAAACAACAUCAUCAAAUUCAAUGACAACAUCAAAACGAACUCAAGCUCAAUAUCCAGAAAUAUUUAUUAAAUCUCAAUCAAAUGAUAUACAUAAUAUUCCAAACGAUGAUUUUAGUAUUUCACCAAAAAUCUAUUCAAAUCGACAUGAUUCAUUCGAUGGAUCAUCUAUUGAUGACGACAAAGAGUUCGAUGUUAAACAAAAAACAAGUUUAUUGAAAUGUCUUGAUGAAAUACAUACAACUGAAGAAAAAUAUGUUAAAAAACUUUAUGUACUUUCUUUUAAAGUUAUUCAUUACGUUAAAGAAACAUGUCAGAAAGAUGAAAAUCUUCUUAAUACAUUUAAUAAUAUUUAUAAACCAUUACUUAAUACAAUAAAACGAUUAUAUAAAUUUCAUAAUGAAUAUAUUUUGCCAGAUAUGACACAAUAUAAAACAGGUCAUCGAACUGAUAAUAUAUGGUCAAUAUUUAUUGAACAUUUUCAAACUAUUGAAAAUUUAUAUAAAGAAUAUUAUAUUGUAUAUGAUGAAAAUCAACAAAAAUUAGAACGUUUAUGUGCAACAAAUUCAUUAAUUCAUGAAGCAAUGCUUCAAUGUCAAGUUCAUCUAGGAAAUUUAUAUCCAAUUGCUGAACUUAAUUGUGCCAAUCAACAUUUACUUCGCUAUAUUCUGCUUUUGAAAAGCUAUAUGAAACAACUUGAUAAAGACUCUUCUGAUUAUGAUCACACAUGUUUUGUACAUGAUGAACUAACUUGUAUAGCUGAACGAUGUGAAGAACAUUUAGCUAUAUCUCCUACACAAUUAAAUAAAUUAAAACUACGAGUUGAUAACAAACUAGAAUGUUUUGAAAAACAACAGCUUCUUUGGCAUGGUUCAUUAAAAAAACAAUCACCUCGUAAACAUACUGAUAUUGUUCAAUAUUAUAUUAUAUUAUUUUCUGAAUGUAUACUUGUCUGUGGAGAAUCAGGAAAUAAACUUGAAAUAAAACGACAAUUGUCACUAAAAAAUAUAAGAAUUGAAAUUAUUGAACGUGAACGAUUAGCAUCAGCAUCAACUAAUUCAACUAAUAUACAACAAUUGAGUCCUAUUAGUUAUUAUCCAUUUCGUGUUAAUGCUAUUGAAAAAUCUUAUGAAUUUUUAACUGAUAAAGAAUCCGAUAGAGAAAAAUGGGUGAAUAAAAUCCGACAAGCAAGUGAAGAUUUCAAAAGACGAAAUUCAAUUAUAGAAAUUCGUCAAUCAUUUCAUCGUUCCUAUGGACAACAAUUAGGUACACGUGCUCCUCUAUGGGUCAAUGAUAUUGAUGUAACACGUUGUCAAAUUUGUCAUAAUCGUUUUGGUUCAAAAUUAAUUCCUUCUCGACGACAUCAUUGUCGAUCAUGUGGUCGUUGUAUAUGUGGUUCAUGUUCAACAAAAAAAUUAAUUCUUAAAUAUUGUAAUAAACAAGGUGAAGUACGUGUUUGUGAUCUAUGUUAUAGAAAUUUUACUGGUAUAGAUAGAAAUCCAUCUACAUGUCAAAAAAUAACACGUGAUGAAAAUAAAACAAUUCUAUUUGGUAAUUUUCGUUUGUUUCCUUUAAAACCAAUUAUUUGGAUUGAAUUACAAGAAGAUUAUCAAUUACAUAUAUAUGGCGGAAAAUUAGAUCAAGUUGAAGAUUUUUCUAUUAAUCUUAGUGAACUUAUUAAUAUAUUAUUUAUACAAGAAACACAAACAUUUAUAUUAAAUGGAAAAGAUAAAACAUAUCGAUUAUCUAUGGAAAUAAAUCAUCAAAUAAUAUAUCCAAAAAAUGAUUAUAUUGAUAAAAAUAUCCAAAAUACAAAUAAUAAAUUAUUAUUUUAUGCUAAUCUAUGGCAUGGCACAAUGCAAUUAGCUCGUUUAAAAACGACACCAGUAUGGUAUACAAGAAAACGUGAUUCAGCUGAUAGUGGUAUCAGUAAUGUUUGA